CACGCCGCUACCCCAGACAACGGGCUCGAUGCUUCCCCCAUAUCCAGUGCCGCCACCCCCAUCCGCUGCUCAGAUUUCAGACUUUCAGUCGUCAAGCCGUACCUCGCAGGUAACCGCCGGUCAGCUCGAUCAUGGCAACCGCCGAACGUGCAGCAAGUCGGGGUGGUUAUCUCCCCCACCAGUACAAAGAGUCCGCCGGCCGGAGCCCGCCGACCUGCCUUACCCUUGCCGUGGGCGAGGCACGCGCAGCUCUCUGGAUUGGAUUCGCACAACACUCGCGGCGCCCGACGUCAACUCCAUUGCCGCCGGCGCCCGACGGACUCCAAGCUGAGCUGAUCCAGCGCCGUGCUGCUCCCGGUUCCGCACGGUGCCGCGUGGGCAAGGUUGAGGUGUGCAUGGUCAUAUUCAUCCUAUUCUGCAUGAGCCAGUCCUCCAAAAAGGAGGAAUCCUGGCUCCAUCACUGCAUCGCUGAGGUCACGGGUGAGGAGCUAGCUAGCUAGCUAAGUCGAUCAUGGAGGUAUGGCCGCCGCUGCUGGUUGUCAUCCUCACGCUCUGUGUUGUCUCUCUCUGCUGCGGCCUUGAGGCCGUGGCGGAGAACGUGACUGUGGCACAACUACUCCCGAUGCCGUCGUACCACAGGGGUUUGGCUACCUACAAUGCCAAGAACUUCGGCGCUGAAGGCAACGGCACCAACGACGAUACCAAAGCGUUGAUGGCAACAUGGAAGGCAGCGUGUGGGGCAUCCGGCAAGGUGACGCUGUUGAUCCCGCCGGGGACGUACUACAUCGGGCCGACACAGUUCCAUGGUCCCUGCAAAGCCUCCACCAUCACCUUCUUGCUGCAGGGGACGCUCAAGGCGGCGUCGGAUCUGAAGCGUUUUGGCAAAGACUGGAUCGAGUUCGGGUGGGUGAAAGACCUCACCGUUGCCGGACAGAACAAUGCCAUCAUCAAUGGCCAGGGUGCCGCCUCCUGGCCGUUCAACAUGUGUCCCAUCCGAAAGGACUGCAAAGUCCUCCCCACGAGCGUGCUGUUCGUCAACAACCAGAACACGGUGGUGCGCGACAUCACGUCGGUGAACAGCAAGUUCUUCCACAUCGCACUGCUGCAGAAUAAGAAUAUUAAGUUGAUCAACAUCCAGAUCAACGCGCCCGAGAACAGCCCAAACACGGACGGCAUCCACAUCGAGCGAAGCACGGGUGUGGUGAUUUCCGACACCCGUAUCAGCACAGGAGAUGACUGCAUCUCCAUCGGCCAGGGGAGCAACAACAUCGACAUCGCCCGCGUCCACUGCGGCCCGGGGCACGGCAUGAGCGUCGGCAGCCUUGGACGGUACGUGGGCGAGGGCGACGUCACCCGCGUCCAUGUCAGGGACAUGACCUUCGUGGGCACCAUGAACGGCGUCCGGAUCAAGACGUGGGAGAACUCCCCUACCAAGAGCCUGGCCGCGCACAUGCUGUUCGAGAACAUGGUGAUGAAGGACGUGCAGAACCCCAUCAUCAUCGACCAGAAGUACUGCCCUUACUACGACUGCGAGCACAAGCACGUCUCCGGGGUCACCCUCAAGGACAUCACGUUCAAGAACAUCAAUGGGACGUCGUCGAUGCCGGUGGCCGUGCUGCUCCGGUGCGGCGUGCCGUGCCAGGGCGUCGUGCUGCAGGACGUGGACCUGAAGUACAUGGGAGAGGGAGGGUCCUCGUCAAAGUGCGAGAACGCCAUGGCCACGUACGUUGGCUACCAGCACCCAGAGCCAUGCGCCUAGUCGGCCAGUUUGAUUCUGGUGGAUGCUGGUGCGACCUUAAUUUAGUUCUCCUUUUCUUCUUCUUCUAAUCUAAUUAAUCAAUGUUUCCUAGACGAAUUUGUUGUUUCCUGUUGCUUAGAAUGUUUUGUGUGUGUGCGGCAUUAGGGAGCUGCCAAUUGCUGGCAUCUACGGAGUACUGUACUUGCCUAGUUGCUCAAUCAGUGAACCCGAUCGUCUGACAAGUGGUCUCUGUGCUUA